CGAAAGAAAAAACACACCAAAACACAAGGGUGUGCUUGUAUGUCCUAAAAAUCCCAAAUCCCUUGUUAACAUGCACCAUCUCUUCUUCUUCUUCAUCACCAUGCCCCCUUCUUCCUCCUUCACCCCAAAACCCCUCAAAUCCUCUGCUGCCUCUUCGUCUUCUUCAAACACUGGAAACACUAACUCCAAUCCAAACCCAAGCACCCUCCCCUGCAAACACUCGCCAUCAGCAACUCUUGACCUUCUCAUCCUAAUUCUAGUCCUUUUCUCUGGCACUUUCCUCUUAACUUCUUACUUCUCUUACAUCUUCAACUCCCUUUCUCUCCUCCUCUCCAACACCUCUCUUUCCCUCCACUUCCCCCCUUUCCCUUACAUUUGUGGGUUCUUCGCUCUUUUCAUCCUCUCCGUCCUUUUCAUUGAGUUCUGCUGCGGACCCAGAUCUCGAAAGUGUGACAAACCUGGCUGCAAAGGCUUGAAGAAAGCGAUUGAGUUUGAUUUGCAAUUGCAGACUGAAGAUUGUGCUAAAUCCACUGCUGGUGAUGACGUUGAUAAGUUGCCUUGGAAAGGGGGGACUGAAUCCAAUCCUGAUUAUGAGUGUUUGAGAGCUGAAUUGAGGAAGAUGGCUCCGCCUAAUGGGAGGGCUAUUUUACUUUUCCGUGCUAAGUGUGGAUGCCCUGUUGCUAAGUUGGAAGGUUGGGGGCCUAAACGUGGUCGCCGGCAUAAAAAGGCUCUGGCUAAUGUGGCUGCUAAUGGAGGAGAUCAUCGUUGAUAAUUCAUGAUGGUUUCGUUGUCAUGCCGUCCUUUUAUAUGCCUCCUCUAUACUAUUUCCUUUACCUUUCAGAUUUUGGAUGUUCCUUCUUUCUAGAAGGAUACACUCCUUGAUCAGGACAGUUUUCUAAUCCUAUGAUCUGGCCGAGCCUCGGAUUCAACAUGUCUGAAACACUCUUGCCUUUACAUGAACUUUCAUUAAAAAUUCUCCUCAUUUCUGAAAAAUCAUACAGAUUUAACUAGUGACUUCCAUUCCUGGAAGGACUUACAAAUUUAAUGGGAAUAAAUAUAUAGUAGAUUUUCCAAAUGAAUGGUUGUUUGCUUUAAUAAUUAGCUUCUUUUGUUUGCCAUGCUCUUCUAAUUUAGCUUUAUCUUAGAUAUGCACAGACCUUGAUGCGGGUGAGGAGUUAGAAAAGGUCAACAAGGAAAGAGCCGAAUCGAAGACUUUUGUUUUUCGAUGCUCUGCGAAGGCCAAUUUGAGGAUUGAAUGAAGAAUGAGAUUAGACUUCCGGGAAAUCCCCAAACCUUCUUACCUGUAUAUAAUACAAUCGUUGUUGAACAGGAUUGAUCUUUUAGCGCUCAUAAUUUCUCGACUAGACUUGAGCCAUUGAUGAUUUUAUAGAAUGGUCAGCCUAGGCCUUCUUUCUGGA